AUGGGUGGAUCCCCGAACAUCCGACGUUUAAGUAUCGAGUAUCGUGUACAUGAAGCUGACUGCCUAAGCAAUAGGAAGCAUUCAUCGACGAGAUUACUAGGUUCCUCACUCACAACCUCCGAUUCCUCGUCCAUUGUGAGAGUUGAUGAAUCAGCGAAACAACUUUCUAAUACUAUUUACACACGUUCAAAUAAACAUACAACGGCUGUCAGAUUAUUGGUUGGUUAUUGCAAAGCCAUGAGGGAAGAAGGGGUAGUCUGCGAGAGAGACAAAGAUAUGUAUAGCAACACCAAGACCACCCUCAGGUUGGGCCAGUAUCCAGUCGCUGAGAAGAUGUACUGGGCUGCGGGAAGUGAUUUGGAUAGAGUUACGCCUCACUGCUACAUCACGGAUCCUUGA